CUCACUUUUGUGAUACACUGUAUAAUCAGUAUCUCCCUCUGCCUCUCUCUUAUCAAAGAACCUAUUUUCAGUUCAGUACUUGACAGUAUCCAUUUAUUCAAAACACCAUUUAUUCACAAGGAAAUGUCUACAUUUCAACAUGUGAGAACAUGCGUGACUUUUUUUUUUUUCCACUGAAACUCAAGUCUCUUCUGAUAUCUUUUGCGCAAGUUUCACUUUCCGUUUGUGGUAAUUGCUCUGAGAAACAGUCAUCGGCGUCUCAAAGAAAGUCUGUUUAACUGCCAUUUGCUCCACCUAUCAUCAGCAUGAGGACCCUUCUAUUUUCACUGCUUUUGCUGCUUACAUCUUUAACAUGCAUGUGCGUGGUGAGUUCCCCUAAGGAAAUUUAUGUCAAGGCAGGUGAGAUGGUGGUGCUUCAGUGUCCUCGGGAGACAGGAUACAAUCAUGAUAAUGAUGCGGUGAUAUGGAUUCGUGAAAAUGAGCUGCAUGUAAACCUGAGCAGCAUGUCAGCGACUGAACAGAAACGGAUGAUUUUGCUGUGUCUUGAUCAGAGUCUUUAUAUUCUCAAUGCUUCAGUAGAUCAUCAGGGAAACUACUCCUGUUCACAGAGGAAUGUAAGCGGGCAGUCCCAGCUCAGUCUGAAGGUUUACACCACAAUGAGCAAAGAGCUGGAGAACAUAACUCGCUUCUCACAUACAUGUUACACACAAGAGUACUGCAAAUUGGAGUGUCCUGAAGUCAAUAUCCCACCCAUAAGUAGUUCCAUCUUCACCAGGCCUAUCCCUACAUGGCAUAAGAAUGAGUCAGCAGAGGAAGUUAACAGCUAUUUCGAAAGGGUGGAAAAGAAAGACGGUGGCGUCUACACCUGUACCAUGGCUUAUCUGUAUGAGGGACAAAAUUAUAAGAAAAGCUUUACGUUGGUUUUGGACGUCCAGCCUAAACCGAGACGCAACGACAAACUGGAUGGAAUAUUAUCGCCAAAACAAAAUGAAACAUUUUAUGUGGACUUGGGUUCACCGUUUGAGAUUAAAUGCGAAGCUUUGAUUAAUGACCUCGACGAUUCACUGUUUUGGCUGCUGAACACAACCAAGUUUGUGGAGAACAAUGACUCCUUCCGGGUAUUCUACUACGAAAAGGAAAAUACAUCUGAAGGAGGUAAAAACACGGCAAAUCUAGUGUUUAAAGAAGUAACAGAGGAUGACCUAGCAAAUGAGUACAACUGUAAACUGGAAUCCAUUUCAUACGUUGCAACAGAUUUUGUCACAAUCACUUUGGCUAAAAAAGUUCGACCAUCUUACAUUUCUGUAGCACUUUGCUCUCUGGUCAUCUUGGCAGUAAUGGCUGUAACUGUCAUUGUCUACGUGAAUUUCAAAAUUGAAGUCACUCUUUUCCUGCGGGACACUCUGGGAUGCCACAGGAGAACUUCUGGUGGAAAGACAUACGACGUCUUUCUGAUGUAUUAUAAGAGCGAUAAUGUCACAGGACUGACAGCAUGUGAUGCAAAGUGGCUAGAGAAUGUUCUGGAGGAGAAUUUUGGAUAUAAACUCUGCCUCUACGAUCGUGAUGUUCAACCAGGAAAAGCUGCAGCCGAGGCAUUGCUCGACUGCGUAGAACAAAGUCAAACGGUUGUUUUGGUACCGUCCCCUGCAACUCAAAGUCUGGAUUCUGGCUUGCUGAGCACCAUCCACGCAGCCCUAGUGGAACGCAAGACGAGCUUGGUUGUCGUGAGAACCGAGAGUGAAGAAGAAGCGAAAUGGGUAUCCGAACCGGAAGUAUUUCGACUUCUUGAGAAAACUGGGCACUGUGUAAAGUGGCAGGGCUUGAACUCCUUGUCGCCUUCUUCUACUUUCUGGAAGAAGCUACGCUAUCACCUCCCGGCAGGAUGUAUUGGAAACAAGGCUUUUCCUUUAGAUGCGCUUCCACAAUAACAUGGCUGUCACUAAAGGGACGCGACAUGUAAUUUUGACUUACACAUUGCAAAACUGUAAAAAGCAUUUAGUGUGUAUGCACCAGAGCAUGUAAACCUUUAUAGACUCCAAUCACCAACGUCACACAAUCACGUGAUCGCUGUAUUGUGCCGCCAUAUUGUCAAUCAUUGUGUGUCGGUAUUGUCAAUGCUCGUAGUUUCUAAAGGGGGGAUUCACUUGCAAAUUAUGGAAGCCCCGGUGCUUUCAGAUGCUGUAAACUCAUUGGAUGAGUUGCAUAAAAGCCAUUAUUUGGAAAAGCUUCGGUCGAUUGAAUCGCCAGAUCCAUAUUUGAUGCCCAAACCGAUGUUUCCUCCCGUCCCGUGCGUCAGAGCUCUUCUUGAGACCACAAAAUUUCAAAUCAUACUCCAGUUUAUGUCACGAUGAGGAGUCGGGUACCCAAAAUCGGCACCGGCCCGAAUAUUAACCGACAUUUGGUCAGCUGAGCGUCACCGUUGUCACGAUUGUAAAAUGAAACUUGAUCAACAACGGGCCAGUGUGUGCAGAAAAAUAGCUGCCCCGCGUGAAAUGUCCCCCCUGACGGGAGCGCUUAUUUAUAAU